AUGGACAGAGUAUUCCCUAAAAAUUGUAGUCAAUCUGAGGUUUUUGAUGAAAUAAGGUCCCUUGUUACAUCGUGUAUUGAUGGCUUCAAUGUUUGUAUUUUGGCCUAUGGUCAGACUGGCUCUGGUAAAACCUACACAAUGGAGGUCUGUGCAAGCGGCCAUAAAAACCGUGCAAAAGCUACCACAAACCUCAAUACGUCUUCAUCUCGUUCACAUGCUCUGCUUUGUGUCAGAGUAGAAGGUGGCAACCAAACAACGAAUACACAAACCAAAGGUAAACUAUACUUGAUUGAUUUAGCAGGCUCUGAAAAUGUUGAGAAAUCAGGUGUCAAUGGUCAGCGGUUAAAAGAAGCAGGUUUUAUUAAUAAAUCUCUCAGCACAUUCAGUGAUGUUAUUAAUGCUAUCUUGCUGAAGAAGACACACAUUCCAUACCGAAAUUCCAAACUAACUCAUCUACUGCAAGACUCUUUGGGUAAGUAA